AAGUGCUUUCUUUCGGUUCGGCUGUUGCCACAGCAUUUGUCGCAUCCACAGCUAACGGCAAGUGCACCUCGUCAUCGUAAUAAAAUACAAAAAAAAAAAAACAAGAAAAACAUCCAAAAGCAAGCAAAUACCACAAGUGGUGGUUCACUUAUGAGUUGAGAUCUUUCGAACAAAGUUCUGAUUCUGAUGCGAAUUAGAAAUGGCGGCAGCAACUUUGGCGCUAAUUGAGUUGUUGUUGUUACCGAUGGCGUGCAAAGGCGCAACAACAAAUCCUACAACAACCGUUUGAGGCGGCAACGGGAAGCUAGAAAAGUAACGGUGCUCUACCACAACCACAAGCGCGGAAUUUUUUUUGGCGAGCAACAGACACCCAUACGCACGCACACACCACGCUCUCUUGCAGGAGAGAGAGAGAGAGAGAAAGCGGUAGAAAGUAGGAGCCUGCAAUAUGGAAGACCUAUUCCUGCUAAUUAUCAAAGAAUCAACGGGCACCAAACACAAUGCGUUGCGGCAAACGGCGCAAAUAGCUUACGAUAAACUGUACCGCCAGCAUGGCAUCCAUCGGGAUCCGUCCCAUGAGCUGCGCUCCGUUUGCUUCACUGCCCUGCAGAUGGCGCUGGACACCAAGCGACCCAAGUUCAUCACUAUGGGUCUGAAUGGCCUCCAUCGCGUAAUCAAGGACGAGCGCUUCUACAUUGGCUUGGAGCCAGAGGAUGACUCCGUAUGGCUGCCCUCCCAGCUGCUCCGCGCCACCAACGGCAUCCUCCCGUCGACUAGCAGCGAGGACACGGUGGUGAAUGUCCUACGGCUCUUCCUGGCCAUGGCCUGUUCCCCGGCCUGCACCCUCAACGGACGCCUGCUCAUCGAAAUCCUCUCCAGGUGCGGCGAGUGCUGGGAGAUGGGCUCGAGGGCCACUAAGGCUGCCUCACUGGCUGCCGCCUCCCAGUGCCUGCGCACCUUCUGCGCCUUCCUCAUCGAGGAGGCCGAGGAGGUGAAGAAGACAGCUCCCGCCGGCCUGAUGACCCAGACCCAGGCCUCCGCCGUCUACAACGAGGUGAUACCGGUGAUGCAGUGGCUCUGCAGUCGCCUGGUGGAGCCAAAUGUGAACACAUCACCGAACAAGAAGAGCGAGAAUCCCAGCUCCCUGUACCUAACCGAGUGCAUCCUCACCCUGAGCUCAGCCUUGCCCCGCAACGUCCAUGCCAAUCCGCACUUUACCUCCUUCCUCUGGCAGAAGUUCUGUCCCACACUGGCGGCGGCACUGGGAUCACCCGGAAGGAUCAAUCUCGACAAGAAGUUUACCUAUAAGGACGCCCUCCACAUGAUCGAGAACGAAGCCCGCGGCUUCUUCACGGGUCCUGGCUUGGACGGUCCCCAGGCUCGUUGUGUUUAUCUCACGGCCAUCCAGUUGCUGCGCAUCGCUGGUGCCCAUGGCUCCCUGCGUCCCAUGCUGGAGGCCCUCUUCCACCGGAUGCUGCUUCUGCCGGCGCCACAGAACCGCACAGAACCCCUCCGCUGCGUGCGCGAGAUCUUCAAGAGUCCGGAGCGCCUCAUCGAUCUGGCGGUUAUACUCUAUGUGGACAAGAACACAGCCCAAGGAUGCAGCGAUGAAAUGGCCCUUUUCCGGCUCUUGGUGGACGCCAUGGAGGAGUGCGCCUACGGAACCGGCGGAGUAGGUGGCGCCACGGAGGCCAGCCUGCAGGCCAGUGUGGAGUGUAUGGUGGCUCUGCUGGACAGCUUGCAGGUGCUCUGCACUGGAGAGCUGACCGAGUCGAUGAUCAGCGACCAGAUCGUCCAGGUGGUGAACGGACGGCAUGAGCUCCUCAAGGAUGCGGACUACUCUGGGCCACUGACCUACCAGAGCAUGGCCCGGCUGCCGGCUCCCUACCGAGAUGCGAUCGUAGAGUUCCGACAGAACGUGUUCGAGACUUCGUCGGGAUCCGAGAGCGAAGGUGAACCACCACAUGAGCAGGAUGCGGCCUCCAUCGGCUCGGGAGACACCGAAGGACCCGAGGACGAUGAUCCUAGCAGCUCCAGUGACGAGACCUCGCGCGUGGAGAACCGCUGGCCGUACUCGCACCUGGAGGCGCCGGUGAUGCCCAUCCGGACGGACAGCGACAAUGAUAGGCAGCAUGCCAGGGACUUCGCUCGUGCCCUGCGACAGGACCUGGUCCCAAAGCUGCUCCGUCUUCGGAGCUGCGUGGAGAUCGACGAGGCCAUGCAAGAGUUCGCAUCGGCGGUGUGCCAGGAGAACAGCAUGAACUUCUCGGACUUCGAUUACAACCUGACGGCCAUAAAUGCCGAUGGCAUCUACCUGGCCAUUUAUUCCUCGCUCCUGCUCAGCCUGCAGCUGAUGCGGGCCGGCUACUACGAGCAGGUGGCCUCGGGCAUGGCCCACAAGGACAUCCUGGUGCCGAUGUCGGAGCAGCAGUUCGUGACCUCGGUGCAGAACACAGGAGUGCUGGUCUACCUCUCCUCGCCAUGGCUAUGCGAACUCUACCAGUCGGUGACCGUGUGCAACGUCCUGGAGGCCAUGUCGCGCCAGCAGUUGGACGGAAUCGGGCCACGGUGCGCCCUGGUCGAUAUGCUGUGCGAUGCUGGAGGAUUGGGUGCCACCCAAAUGCUCUCCGAGUGGCAGCGCCUGCAGACAGCCACCGUGAAGCACAAGGAGGAGGAGCAGCAGCACGACAAACGCCGGGAGGCUGCCAAGAAGCUGUGCCGCCGGCUGCUCACCUGUUGCUGGGACUCGAUGGUGAUUGUGCUGAGCUCCGGCUUGGGUGAUCUCCAGACCAGCUCCGCUUCCAACAAGCUGGUGGCGCUCUCCAAACGCACACUCCGGGUGAAGGCCAAGGCGAACAAGUCCAACGGCGAGGCGCUGUACGCCAUGUGUCUGGAUGGACUCCAUUCGGCGGCCACUUUGAGCAACAACCUCAACCUCCAACACCUGGCCGGUAAGAUCCUGAAUCUACUGGCCUCCAAUGUCUGCCAGACCACCGGGCCCCGCAUCUCCGCCAGCCAGGCCAUGUCCAUGGACGUGGUGCUCACUGGUGGCCUCAAUCUGGGCAGCUACAGCGCCGACUGCUGGCCGAGCAUCUUCGCCGUGUGCCGUCAUGUCAGCCAACUGGAGCACGAAAUCUUCAGCAUGCAGAAUCCAUCCAUAUCGGGAUCCUCGCCGGGAAGCAGCCGCCGCGACCUGGAGACUGGCGAGAAGCUGAGCAACGGCAAUGCCCAGGACAAGCUCAAUCUCUCCUCCAUACCCAUCGAUGAUGAUGAGACCUGUGUGGAUGUGUACAGCUUCCUGCAGGCACCUAUGCAGAGUCCCAACACGAACAUCACCUCCAUCCUGAAGGUCUACUCCGGCACCAACGAGACGGUCCUACUCAGCCAGAGCGACACCUCCAAGGUGCUCUGUGCCUUGUCACACCAGGCGGAGAACCUCUUUGGCGACGCCGCCGAACGUCUCAGUCUGCCGUCGUUGUGCCAGUUCCUGAAGCAUCUGUGCCGCGCCUCGCGGGAGCAACUCUACAAAAGCCAGGUGGCGCGCAAAGGCAGCCGCAUCUGGUGGCCCAGCAAGGGCUGGAAGAAGCUGGACUCGCUGCCCAUGUCCCUGCUCCUGCACAGGAUUGGCGAUGUGACUCUCAAGGUUUUCCGCAGCUCUCGACCGCUGCUCCAUGUGCUCAAGGUCUGGGCCAUCACUGGACCGCAUCUGAUGGAUGCUGCCUGUCAUCGGGAUAGGAUGAUCUCGAAGCGCGCCAUUGAAUAUAUCCACGACAUCAUCACGGCUCUCCUAGUGGAGCAAUCGGAGCUGCCGUAUUUCCACUUCAACGAGGCCCUCCUGAAGCCAUUCGAGAACCUCCUCAGCAUGGACACGGACGUGGAUGUGCAGGACCAGAUCGUGGCCUGCCUGUACGAGGUGGUGGAGGCUCAUCGCACCGAAAUCCGCUCCGGGUGGAGGCCGCUGUUUGGAACCCUGAGGAACGCCCGCAGUCGGAUGCUAAACAUGAGCAACAUCAUCGACAUUUUCCGGGUAUUCCUGGACUCGGAUAACACUUUGGUAUUCGCCAAUGCUGGGCUGGAUUGUAUCCUCUGCUUGCUAUCCUACUUGGAGAUCUCUGGCGGAGGUAAUAACAACAACAAUAACAACUCCUGUCCAGGUGGAAGUGCCGGAUCUGGAUCCAAUCAGCAAGAGGAGGACAACACGUUCCGGCCAACGGACUUCCUGCACGAGACGCUGCGAUUUUUGGAGCGAUGCUCCAGUAUUUUGGGAUUCAUGCACAGCAUGCCCAAGUGCCCCAACUUCCAUUCGACGUACAAGAUCAAGGGCAUAUCCUAUACCCACAUAAUCGAUGCCAACAUCCCCAGUUCCAUGGAGAACUUUACGUACUUCGGAAACGACUAUCUCCAGACGCGGAAUGAGCAGUAUAUGAUCUCCUAUCGGUCGCUACAUAUCGACAAGGACACCAUUGUGAAGAUCGACGAGAUGGACAAGCCGUCGGGUGUGCUGAAGGUGUGGUUCCUGCUCCUGGACGGACUCACCAACUCGCUGAUUGUCUGCCCCUACUCCCACCAGGCGCCCAUCCUGCAGACGAUCUUCAAGCUCUUCAAGAACCUCCUCGCCAGUCCGGGCAUUGAUUUUGGGUUCUACUGCAUCAACCACCUGCUGGUUCCGAUGAUCCAGGACUGGCUGAGGUACAUCAACAAGACAGGCGCCUCCUGGCAGCUGGUGGAGAAGAACUUCAAGCACUGCUGCUGCAUGACCACGGAUCUGGUGGUGGAGUUCAUCGAGAAAUCAGUGCCGGAGCAGCGUCGCUUGGGGGCGGGAACUAAGACGCGUCUGGCCCAGAUCGUUCAUCCGGCGGAUAACUUGCUGUACUCCAAGCUGAAGUUUGUCACGGAGAGGAUAGAGCGGGAGCAGCAUCAUCUGCAGAAUGGCCAGGAUCCGGCCUACGGGCAGCAGUACGAUAGCAGUUCCAGUUCCGCCAGUUCCGAGGAGCAGCAGAAGGCCGGGGCAGGAGGAGCUGGCAACCUAAUGGAGUCACCCACCAAGAUCUCCGGCUCGGCCACGCUGGCACUCAAGCAACUGCUCCUCGUACUGAUCGAGUGUGCCGCCCAGUCGCAGGAGGCGAUUGCCAGGAUAUCGGUGUCCUGCCUCAAGCACGUCAUCCUCUCCACGGGCAUGCUCUUCAACGAGUCCCAGUGGAUGAUAGCCUGCUCGGCCAUCCACAGAGCCUGCACCGUGACGAUUGCUCCGCUGCGUCAGCUCUCCUUCGCCUUCCAUGAGAAGUCCAACAGCUUCUACGGUGACUGUGCCAACGUCAAGGUGGCAGCCCGCAGGGACAGCACCCUGGAGGAGCUGUCCAGGAUCUACGCACUGGCCCAGCAGGUCUUCCUGUCGGACAAUCAGAGGGAGCCGGGUCAGGGCCAGGGCCAGGGUCAGACCGGCUCCACGCCGAGUGGAUCGUGCAAGCUGUCGGACGACAGGAGCUACUCCUUCCUGCUCUAUCCCCUCAACAAUGGCUUUAACUCGAACCUGGACAACUUCGUGAUACGGAUACCGUUCAAGAACCUGGUGGUGGGCCUCCUCGCCAACCAGAUGCUGCUCCAGCUUGUGGCCAAGCUGUUGCUGUCGCGACUGAAGUGCGUGCCCCAGGCGGUGUCCACCUGCAUCUUCGAUAACUACGCCGCCUCGGCAUCGGCGCCCAGUCACGACUACGACCUGGACUUCCGCUCCAAGGAGAUCCUGCUGCGCUGCGUCAAACAGUACUUGAUGUCCGCCCUGGAGUUCGACUCGCGACCCGGUCUAAAGUUCCUCAUGCAAAAGGUCUCCAACAUCGAGUAUGCCGCCAAUCUGUACAAGCAAAUGACCUCCUCCUGGAUGAUCUACUACAUUGCCCUGGUGGACUCCCACCUGAACGACAUUGUGGUCUACAAUCUGGGCCCCGAGGACCUCAACUUUAUCCUGGAGUCGUGCUCGCGCCUCAACACCACCACCGUGAAGAAGAAGGAGAACUUUGUGAGGUAUCUGUUCUGCCUGCAGGAUGCCUGGAACCUGGUCUGCGAACUCUACCUGAGCAAUUCGGCUCUGCACGACAUCGAGACGGGAUCCUCCGGCAAACUGCGCCAGAAGCCGCCGCCACUGCAGCCCCAUUUGGCGCACAAGCCCAUGUGCAUCUCCCUGAAUGGUAACGGAGAUGCCGAGAUGACUGAUUCCGGCUCGGGAUCGGGCAGCAAUCCAUCGCCGACCAAGUGCGUCCAGCUGCAGGAGGAGGAGAACAUAACGAUGACCACGCUGAUCAGUGAGUUCCAGCCCAAGUGCCGGAACAAUCCGUUUGACACCAACCGCCAGGCCAAGUCCUCGGAGGCCGAGUCCAUAUCACCGGAAAUCGAACAGCAACGAGCGAGCAGUAUCCUCAAGGAUUCCAAUUACAAGAGGGCCGCCCUGGCCCAGCUGGUGGUGGCGUCCAUGGAGCUGUUGCGCUCCCUGCCGGCCGAGGCCGAGGAGAACCUCAAGCUGCUGAUGACGCCGACCAUAAGAGAGGCGUUCCGACUCGUCCAGCUGCAGGGAAAUGAGUUGAAGGUCAACCAGUUUUAGGCCAUGCUUGUUGAGUUUUAUUUUGAUCUGUAGGCGCAGCCCCUGCCCCUACCAAGGAUUCCAUAUCCCACUCCUGGUCCUGGUCCUUGAUUCCUGAUACCU